GUCAUCUACAUCGACCCUUGCUCGCCCCAUAUACCCCUCCGCGCGCCCCCAAUAAACAAGGAUACGCUGAAAGAACUAGAUCUUGAUGCCAUCAUGCGCAACCCUCAGCUACGUCACGACUUCCUCUUCGACUCGGGCCUUCAGUUUCGGGCGGCUGCCAGCCGGCGCAAGCGGGAGCAGGCGGACAUUUACUGGCGUGCGAUCCUCGUCGAGCUCGAGACGGGAUGCACCUGCGUGACCUUUGACGUGCGCGGGCGGCCGCACUCGUGCCAGUGCGUGUGCAGGAAACUGCCCACGGCGCCAGCAGUUCCGGUGAUCGCGUGUUUGCCGAUGCGGCGGCGGCUGACGCUGCGGAUGCCGAGUCGCAUCAAGACCCUCCUGCACGAGCUCCUGCAGGUGCUUCUGUCCAUCAUUCGGCCCCAGACGACGUCGACGUCGACCGUGCAAGGUAACAACGUGAGUUUGCAACAGCGGUUGCAACAGCAUCACGAGCAGGCACAGCAACUGCGUGCCGUGUUGGACGCGGAUUUGAUUGAGCAGGAGAUGAAACACGGCUUGUACGAGCCGUCGAGCACGUUCAGGGUCAUCGGAGGAGUGUUGAAAGCGCACUGCGCGCCGAUGCGGGAUCAGGCUGUGGACAGGAUGGUUGCGCUGGCGAUAAAGUGCAGGCCCGAAGGGGGAGGGACCAAGGCAGACGCGGUGGAGGUGAUGCGCCAGUGCUUUGAGAUCCUGGAACUGAUGAAACUCGACAUCGCGAACCACCAGAUGCAGACCCUCCGCCCGUUCAUCAUCCACUCCUCCCCCGAAUUCGAGCUCCGCACGUUCAAGGAGCGCCACGACCGUGGCGCGAGCCCUCUGCUGCUCACCCGCCAAUGGCUCACCCAGGCCCACCAACGCCUCGACGCCUCGCAGUAUAGCCUCAGCUACCCAGCCCGCGCCUUCCCCUACUCGUCCUUGGGCAAGCGGACGCACGUCAUCUUGUCGACCCUCAAGGGCCUCAUUGACCUGGUCUUCGCCCCGCUCUCGCCGGUUCCACUCUCGUCGCCGCCUGUCACGACCACGAUGCCUUCCAACCAGUCGGUCCCGACCGUCGUCUCCCAGCUCUCAGGAUACCCAGAAACACUCUAUCUCGAUCAUUCCCGCCUCAUUCUCCUCACCCGGGACGCAGCCGACCUGACCGCCGUCUAUGCCCUCCUCAUGCUCUACCGCCAGCUGGUCUUUUCGUCCUCGUCAACACCCUCGAAUCCCCGACGAGAUGCCAGUCUGGAUGACGCGGACCUGCAGCGCCUCAAAUUGGAGAUCUGGGAAAUAGGCCCGCCCAACCUUGGCCGGCAUUUCCUGCACCCGGCGGCUGGGGCGCAGGCACCUCCGCCGCCGUCACAAAACGAGAAAGAGAAGGAGUCGCAACGAUGGGACGACGCCCUCAAGGCGGUCGCGCUGCAGCUCACCGCCCGCGCGACCGAGGCCCGCUCUGCGCCAACGAAAACGCCCUCCCCGUCUUCGCUCCCGGUCUGCGCGCCAGACGAGCAUCUGCUCAAGACCGCCGAGAGCUGGGUGGACAGCCAUCUGAAGACGGAUUCUGCCUUGACCGCGCUCAUGCGCAACCGCCUCCGUGACGCCGUGUUCGACUCUGUCGUCUCGACGGUGCUCAUCCGGGGGAGCAUGACGCCUGCCGCGCUCGCGCCCGAGGUCAAACAAGAGCCCGGCACCGCGACUGGCCUCGAGCCGCUCGCGCCCGAGAUCAGGCAGCUCAGCGAGCGCGUGUCGAAGCUCGCCGUCUUGCAUCUCAACGUAUACCAGACCCUGUACGAAGAAGACGAGCUCUCCGCCGACUGGUGA